UGCUAUGAGUUUCAGUACCAAUAGGAAUUCGAGCACACCCAUUGAGGAGGUCAGUAGAUUAGCAGCAGCGAUGCUAAGAAGAUUUUUUUACUCACUAUAAUCGCUCGCAGAAUAACGCCAGUCACGAGAUGGCCGCGUAUGACCGUAGUUCCCCUUGCACUACAAUGUGGUUCCAUUCGGAAAUGGAAUUUGUUUCAAACUUGGUUAUGACGAAGAAAUCUCCUUGAGUAAUGAGAAUCGAAUCCACUUUCCCUCUCAAAAAAAGAAAAGAAAAUGGAGACCGGCCUGGCUUCAUGACUGAGCAAGUAGAUCAACCUUCUGUGCUCGCCGAUUACUGCAUUCAGCAUCACGAGUGAUAGUACCAGAUCUGUUCAGAAACCAACGGAGGCCAGUUGUGCACUUUCUGAAGUUGCAUCCGGAGAAGAUAUUGCUGCCGGGCUCGCAUGGGUUGAUCCAACUCACACUUUCCAACAGCAAUUAUAUAUUCCGCAAGUCGGCAAUACACAAUUGCAUCUACUAAAAGGUAAGACACGGGCAACUAUCCACCGAGUGUGCUCAUCUGAUCGUUGACCAAACCUCCCUAUCCCUUUUAUGGCCUCACUUUCGCAACCACGACAUUGCUGGUCAUGGACAUUGCACUAACAGAUAAAUAUUCCCGGCGCUUGUCUUCUCCUGCUCCAGCCCAAUCUCAAAUUCUCAUUGGCUUCUUCUUCUAUGCUUCCAUACAGCUCUGCUCUGUGCUCUUCACUCUGUCUACUUCCAUUUCCAAGAAUCCAUACUCGGAUCCUGAGUCUCUGAGCAGAAGUACCACUGGAGGGAGCUCACUAGCUAGCUAGCCGGACGACGGCGAUGGCAGGCGAGCUUACUGUGAUGAUAUGCAUGGCGGCUGCGGCGCUGCUGAUUUCUUUGACCGGCGGCGCGGGCGUGGCGGCGGCCUCAGCCAAGGAGCUACGGCGAGGCUUCUCGGCCACCCACGACACGUCCUACUCGCACUUCCAGCCGGUGCUCACCGACCCCACCGGCGCCUUCGCCUUCGGCUUCCUCCGCGUCAACUCCACCACGCUCGACCUCGCCGUCCUCCACCUCCCUUCCGCUUUCCCCCUCUGGCGAGCCAUGCCGGACCGCCCCGCGCCGUGGUCCGCGGCCGCGUCCCUCUCCUUCAACGGCAACCUGGUGCUCACUGACGCCGCCACCAACCAAGUGCUCUGGUCCACCGCCGCGGCGGCCGGCGACCGCGCCGUUCUCCUCAACACGUCCAACCUUCAGAUUCGGAGCAGCAGCUCGCCCGUUGCCGUGUGGCAGAGCUUCGACCACCCUUCGGACACCAUCGUCCAGGGCCAGAACCUCACCUCGUCGGCGGCGCUUCACUCCAUCGACCAGCGGUUCGCCAUGCGGCUCGGGAGCAACUACUUCGCGCUCUACGUCGAGCCGCCACCGCUGUCUUCGGGCAGCGUCGCCGCCGCCAUGUACUCCAGGCACACGGCUCUGGAGGCCAAGGCCCAGAUAGUGGCCGGCGGAGGGCCGAUAUACGUGCGCGUGGAGGCUGACGGCUACCUCGGCAUGUACCAGAAGGAGGGCGCCCCCGCCGACGUCAUGUCCUUCGACACCUUCAACCACGGCGUCCGCGCCCUCCGCCGCAUGACUCUCGAGCCCGACGGCAACCUCCGCGCCUACUACUGGGACGGGUCCCGGUGGGUGCUGGACUACACCACCAUCACCGACUCGUGCGAGCUGCCCACCACCUGCGGCGCCUACAGCGUGUGCGUCCAGCCCAGCGGCCGGUGCGCGUGCCUGGCCAACGCCACCGACGGUCCGGGCUGCGCCGCCCCGUCCGUCGGGAGCGGCCUGUGCGGCACCACGGGCGGCGAGGUUGGCGGGCUGUACUCGGAGGUGCGGAGACACGGCGUGGAGCCGGCGAACAAGGAGCUGCUGGGAUUCGAGCACGCGCCGUCCGCGGGGGACUGCGAGGCGCUGUGCGCGCGCAACUGCAGCUGCUGGGGCGCGGUGUACAGCAACGGGACGGGCUACUGCUACCUGAUGGACUACCCGGCGCAGCUGAUGGUGGCCGCCGACAAGAGGAAGGUGGGCUACUUCAAGGUGAGGAGCAUGGAAGAGGCUGCUGCGCGCGGCGGGAGGGCGGGCGGUGUCAAGGCGGCGCUGCUCGCGGUCGGUGUCGCGGUGGUGGCUGCCGCCGCUGCGUUCGGGGCGUACAGGGUGUGGGACAGGAGGCGCCGUGCGGCAGCGGAGACGCGGCAGCAGCUGGGCGCCGACGGCGACGGGCUCUCGCCGGGUCCUUACAAGAAUCUUGGAUCCUUCAGCUCUGUCGAGCUCUCCAGCAGCUUCAACUCCUCCCGGAGGUAGCCAGCCAAGUGAAAGAUCUGCGACGCCUGAGGAUGGCGAGUGAGAUUCAGUAACCAGGUCGGUUUCUCGAGAUCGGCACGAGGGGAAAGGUACACGGCAGCACGGGUGCGGGAAGUAGGCGCCACGGCGCCCGCUGAUCGGUGAAGAAAGCUAAUCCGACACGAUCGGUGGUGUUUGGGCGAGAAAAGAAAGGGAAACGUUUUCCGACGGACGAGGACUGUCGCCCCUAGCUCGCUAGCCUAUGUACACGGAAGCGAGCUGCGUUGAGUGGGUCUUCCGACGAUGUGUUUUUAAUUGGAGGAGAUGUUUCUGUUUACAACGAAGGUGUUACUAGAGAUUUUGUUAAUUUUAAGAUGAUGUGUCGGUUUAAUUUUUUAAAGAUGCUCAUAAAAAUAGGAUGUGGGUGCGUUUAUAGAGUUGAGUGUACGUUCGUGUAUGUGAGCGACUUUGAUAGUACUCUCUUUAAAAAAUGUUGCGUGCAUCGAUUAUGUUUA